GGAGCUGAAGUCAGACACUUAACUGUCUGAGCCACCCAGGUGCCCCAGGAUAUGUUUUUUGUUUAAACAGUAGAUAUACUCAUGUUACUUUUUGCCCCCAAACCUUUUCAUAUUCCUUUUGUGGCUUUCUACUCACUUUCAGGUAAAUUCCUUAAAAUGUUUUUCAGGGUUGGAUUUGAUCUGGCUUUUUCUUGCCUCAGGCUUCAUGUCUUAUUUUUGUGCUUAAUAGUUUGUCUUACUGGCUCUCUUUUUCAUUUUUCUAAAGUACUGAGCAGGAUUCCUUUUGUGUAUCAUUUCAUAUCUCUGGUAUAUUCUCUUCUGUCCUCACCUGUCUCAUUCCUUUUUAUCUCUUUUUCAGCGAGGCUUUCUUUCCCAGACUACAUCAGGGCCCCUCUGCUCUACAUUCCAGCAUCUCAUAUUUCUACUUUUGUAAUUCCCAUAAUUGUAACUACACUUUAACGUCUUUGUCCAGCUGUAAUGUAAGUUCUGGGCAGGUCGGGGCACGUCUGACUUUUUCUUCACUACCUCUGAUUGUACUGAAACCCCACUCUACUUCAUGGUUCUCUAUAGGAUUGUGUUGUGGGUUCUUUCUAUGCCCCUUAUAGAAUAGGAUCAGGAAAUCCCAGAUAGAAUGCUCUUAAACCUUUAACACUGAGCGCAGAGCCACAGGCUUUGGAUGAGAAUACCACAGUACCAGCCUUAUGUAUUUCAGUACACUUGUGCCAUGCAUACAUGUGUUUUGAGCACUCGGUUAUGGUGAAAUCAUCUCUGUCUUCCUAUUUCCUUGAAAUAAUGCUGCAGAUUCUUCUUUUUCACUUCAGGAUUAUAUGGAGAGACAUUUUUGGAUGAACAGUUGUGACUAAAUAUUACAAACAUGAGAAACUCUGUACUAUUUUUGCAGUUUUUUUUCCUAAGUGAAAAAUUAUUUCACAAUUUAAAUGAAUUUUUUUCCCUUUUAAACUGCAGCCUACACUCUUCAUGUUGAGCUGUGCCUGAAGAGAAACUGUUUAGUUGAUCUGACCUCUAGAAGAAAGGGCAAUCAGUAUACUUUCAAGUUGUACAAAUAGAGUUCCCUCACUACUGUCCAGCUCCGUAGCAUAUAGUGGAGAUGAGUGAAUCAGACUUUAAAGCAUUAGUUUUACUGUGAGGCCAUUUCCCUGUGCAACUUUUGAUUAUAUUGACUUUUUAUAUGGAUUGUUGUAUAUAAAGACAGGGCACUAAUUAACGUGAAUACUUCCAUCCACUUCAUAGGUAUCAUUCUGAUUUAUUCAUCCAGCGCUUGAGUGUUUGCUAAUGUGUCAGUCUGGCCGUCACUUUUUAUACAGCUGACCAAUGGCAUUUGUGAAGCUGGAAGGCUGGAAGCCCACUGCGAUUUGUGCUGAUGCAGUCACUCUGCUAUCUAGACAUUUUGUGUCAGUUAGUAGAUAGUGUUCCUAGGCAACCGUUCUUUCUCAUUUUCCUGUUUACUGGGACAGUGAUAUCCCCUCCCCCACCUUUUUUCCCCCUAUGAGCAGGGCUCCCAGUUUUCCAACUCUGAAGUGUUUUCCUAUCAAAGCAAAGAGAAGAUUUGUGGAUGUUGAAUAUGCAAGGAGCUGAAGAGCAAGAGCUCGGAAGAGAGGUUUGUCCAGAUUUGAUGAGCAAGUCUGUUCCAGAGCAGGAUGUCUCUGAAAUUGAUUCACCAGGGAUAGUAGCAAAGAGAUUACAAGACGAUGCAUACCAGGAUUCUACAUUUGGAGAAAAAUAUGCAUGUGAGAGCAUGAAGGAAAACCCUUCUGGAGAGGUUCCUGGAUCAUGUCUUUUCAAAGAAGGAGGUUUUGGGGGAAUAACUUUUAUCCACAAGGAAGCAUCUCCUGAAAUGAUUAGCCAAGAAUAUAAUUUUGAGAGAAGCUUACUUUUGACUUCAAGCUUUGUUACACAUCUCAGGGUUUCUACACAAGAGAGCCUACAUCAGUGGGAGACAAGUAGCACACACACCAAUGAGAUUUCAGACCAGAGUAAAUGUCCAACCCUCUCUACACAGAAAAAGCCUUGGGAAUGUAACGAAUGUGGAAAAACUUUUACUCAGAGCUCAUCCCUUACCCAGCAUCAGAGGACUCAUACUGGAGAGAGGCCCUAUGCAUGUGAGGAAUGUGGGAAAGCCUUUAGUCGUAGCUCCUUCCUUGUUCAACAUCAAAGAAUUCACACUGGAGUAAAACCAUAUGGAUGUGAGCAGUGUGGGAAAACAUUUCGGUGUCGGUCAUUUCUUACUCAGCAUCAGAGAAUCCAUACUGGAGAGAAACCUUAUAAAUGUAAUGAAUGUGGGAAUUCCUUCCGCAAUCAUUCACAUCUCACUGAACAUCAGCGAAUUCACACUGGAGAGAAACCUUACAAAUGUAAUCGAUGUGGGAAGGCAUUCAAUCAGAACACACACCUCAUUCAUCAUCAGAGGAUUCACACUGGUGAGAAACCUUAUUUAUGCAAUGAAUGUGGCUCUUCUUUUCGUAAACACUCAAAUCUUACACAACACCAGAGAAUUCACACUGGGGAAAAACCCCAUAAAUGUGAUGAAUGUGGGAAAACUUUUCAAACAAAGGCAAACCUCUCUCAGCAUCAGAGAAUUCAUACUGGAGAGAAACCCUAUAAAUGUAAGGAAUGUGGCAAAGCCUUUUGUCAGAGCCCAUCCCUUAUUAAACACCAGCGAAUUCAUACUGGAGAAAAACCUUAUAAGUGUAAGGAAUGUGGCAAAGCGUUUACUCAGAGCACCCCACUCACUAAACAUCAGAGAAUUCACACAGGGGAGAGACCCUACAAAUGCAGUGAAUGUGGUAAAGCCUUCAUUCAGAGCAUUUGCCUCAUUCGGCAUCAGAGAAGUCACACUGGAGAAAAACCCUAUAAGUGCAAUGAAUGUGGGAAGGGCUUUAAUCAGAAUACCUGCCUCACUCAGCAUAUGAGAAUUCAUACUGGAGAGAAGCCCUAUAAAUGUAAAGAAUGUGGGAAAGCCUUUGCUCAUAGCUCAUCUCUUACUGAACAUCAUAGAACACACACUGGUGAGAAGCUCUAUAAAUGUAGCGAGUGCGAGAAAACUUUCCGCAAGUAUGCACACCUUAGUGAACAUUACAGAAUUCACACUGGUGAGAAGCCUUAUGAAUGCAUUGAAUGUGGAAAAUUCUUCAGACAUAGUUCAGUCCUUUUCAGACAUCAGAAACUUCACAAUGGUGAAUAACCCUGGCAUUCAGGUUAUGACAGCUUCUCUAGAAAUAGUGACUAGGAAUCUGGCUGGGGCCGGGGGGGGGGGGGCAGGUACAUUUCCUGGAGGGAGCACCGACUGUUACACUCAGAAGAGUAUUUCCAGUUAUGGAGGCGGGAGCUUGGAGAAUGCAGAGCCUACAGCUGGGCAUCUGGGAAUUCAGGGUAGAAAGGAAGUUCCCUGCUUUUCAGAUGAAUCUUUGCUGCUUGCCACUUCUUGUGACUUUCAUACCUUGAGGUGCCAUUGUUUAGUUAGCACUUGUGUUUCCCUUACUGCACUCCUGCCCCACCUUCCCAGCUUGUGACCUGUGUUCUCUGGCCAGUAGGCUGAGGUGCCUUCCCAAACAUUCAGUGUGAAAGUGGCAAGAGUUCUGAGGUAGUGCUAAGUAGCCUCCAGGUAUCUGAGGCUGCUUUCAACAUGUGAUCUGUAGACGUGGUCUCAUGAAGGAGAGGCGGAAAUAAGGGAAAACAAAGAAUCCUUAUUCAUUCAACAAAUAAGGGGGUAUGUGGCAAGCACUGGGCUUAUGUCUACAGAUAUGUUAGUGAAGAAGGCUUUUCUCAGGGUGAGGGAGAUCUUUCCUGAUCCUUUCAAGAUGGAAGGCAAUUUGGGGCUAAAGUGGAAGUAGGAGGUCAAGAGAAACUUAUCUUGAGCGAUGCCAGUUUGCAAAGUCAGAUCUGCUCAGAGGGCCAGGAAGAGGAAGGUCCAACCUUUGUCCCAGAGGAACACUGACUUACCCAGGAGGGACAUAGUAUGUGCUAGGCUGCUGGUGCUGAGGGACAACGUCCAAACAACCGUUAAUGGGUGUUUAGGGAGGGGAAACCAUUGGUGAUAAAGACAGCCUUUUAGGUUGGCUGGAUUCAGGGCUGCCGGACCAGUCCUUAAGAGAAUGUUGGUCAUUGUAGCGGGGAGGGCUAGGUUUCAUUUAAUUGUGCCACUGGUAGCUAUAAACAGGUUAGUUAGGUUUCAGGUGUUUCCGUUUUUAUUGGCACUAUCUUAUUCUUGGAUAUUUUACCCUUCCCUGCAGGUUAGGUGUAAUUAGGGAAACACUGUCAUGGGAUAAAUUUGGAAAGUGUUCUAGAGAGAAUUACCUCUUUUUCAAAUCCUUGAAUGUUGAGACAGCACAGUUAGCCACUGACUAUGAUGGUAUUUUAUUCUUUUAAGAGAGAAGGCAUGUUUUUUUCCUUUAUUUCCUUACUCCCUUUCAUGUUCUUCACUGCUACCCAGAGCUUGAGCUCUGAGAGAUGAGGUGAGGAUAGCCAUUGUCUGGUAUUUGGAAGAGUUUCUAUGCUCUGAAGUUUAUACAGUUUCAAAAAUAAUGACUGUUAAAAACAAAGUCAGUUGAUUCUGGAAUGGUUGGUUACUUAGAACUCAGUAUUAAUUUUUUUCCAGAGCAACUGUCUUGUAAGUAGUGGUUUGAGCUAUUAGUUACCAUGAAUAGGAGCGUGGCAGAAAUAUCACUCUUUUCCUCUCUAGCUGUGAAGAGUAUAUUUUCAAAACCUGCCACAGGGCAACUAAUAAUUGAGUAAAUCAAUGCUUUAUGGACAAAAAUAACCCUGUUAAAACUUCAUGUUCAUGAAAAAUUAUAUUAUUGAAAGGAAAUAUUGAUGUAUUUGUACUAAGUGAAAAUAACGCUAAAGAAUUCAUUGCUGGCACAUAGUAAAUGUGUAAUAAAUAAUUGUUGAAUUAAUAUAUUUUAAUCAAACUUUGCCCACCAGAAACUUUAGCAACUUCCUGGGUUAUGUAGGUGUUUAGAAUAUUUAUACACUACUAUCUUUAGAGUCUUGAGAUUAGAGAGAAUUGGGAGAGUUUUCUUAAGGAAGAAAUGGGAAAUCUAAGGAUGAGACAUCUCCAACUUUUUGUUCGAAAGCUUUUU